AUGACCGCUAACGCGGAUACAUCGCGAGAGCUUCGGAAUAUCAGGUAUCUAGAGAGUCAAUCUUCUGAACCUCUGUCUUCCAAUUACAUUGUUCAGCUGCUGGAUUCAUUUACCCAUGAAGGCCCCAACAGAGUUCAUCAAUGUCUCAUAUUUGAACUUCUUGGUCCUUCCGUGUAUCAUAUCCUGUCAGAUUAUCGCGAGGGCCCUGAUCCACUCGAACCGGAGAUCAUAUUUCGAAUGACUACGCAGCUUUUGAAAGCCGUCAGGUUUAUUCAUUCUGCCGGUAUGUGUCAUGGAGACAUUAGCGCCUCGAAUAUCGCAUUCAUUUGCACAGCUGUCUUAGAGAAAACAGAGGAGGAACUUUUCAAGGUUCUUGGGGCCCCGGAAAUCGAGGAACUUCCUCGCAUCGAUGGAACACCUCUUAAAAACGGUCAGCCGGCUCAAAUAAACAAGUCAGCAGAAUGGGUUGAUUGGAUCGACGAGGAUGAAGAGGACAAUCGUCUCCUCGAUAUUGGCAAAGGGUUUUUUCCAAGGAGAGGAACCUGA